UCACUGACUCUGACUCAUUGACCUGUAUGGAGAGGUCACCUCAAACAGGUUCCAAUGACUCAAUAACUUCCACCAUAAUGAGAGGGGAGAACAAGAGCGAUAGAAAGAGAGAGAGAGACAGAGAGCGAGAGGGUCUCCAGAGCAUCAUGUGGACUACUAUAAUGAGAGAGGGAGAGAAAGAGAGAGAGAGAGAAAGAGAUAUUCUUCGGACAGUGUUAAGAGAGCCCCUUGUGGAUCCAACAGCGUGGGAGAUGACCUAACUGUCACAGGAAGACACCUGGUCUCCUUAUAAAGUGACAGGGAUGAUGACAGAUCUCCAGUGGUUUGUGAGAAGAAGCCCCUGUCUCUCAAAGCGUCUUGACGCUGCAGUAGUGUGCAGUGUACCUCUCUCUCCCAGAUAGUGUUUUAGGUAGUGUGUGUUGGCUACAAUAGGCUUCAGCUCCCAGCAGUUCCUCUUGCAUGCGCCCAAGCAACAUAGGCUGGAGGAAGACAUCCAAGGACCAGCAUCAACACUUCUGCUGCUGCACAUUCUAAAAGUGAGGGGACCUGACCUGACCCAGACCCAGACCCAGGGAUGUGUGGUUCAGUGUGGUGUCUGUUGCUCCUGUUGCUCUGUCCUGGUUCUGAUGAGACGGUGCUGGAGGACAAAGCCUUAGCCAGCCAGUCAGGGUGGCGUACAUAUGAGCUGGAGAAAGAACAGAAUGGCAUCAACAGCUUCAAAAGGCAUUCAGAUGGAACUUUCACUAAUGACUACACCCACUACCUGGACAAGAUCAAGGCUAAAGACUUCGUACAGUGGCUGGCCAGCACCAAACGAGAGAGAUGCAAGGACCUUCCCCUCAACCUAGAGGGGGUGUGAGAGGACCCAGACACCACGAGAAGUGCCUUAACAUCAUAUACAUUAGUGGAGGCUGCUGAGGGGAGGAUGGCUCAUAAUAAUGGCAAAUGGAAUGGCA